AUGGGGUUUCAGAACUCUAUAUCCCAGAGUGCCUUGCCCUUGGCCAUCCAGGAAAGGAAACAGCCGCCAGCCUAUCCCAACGAGGAGACAGGCAGACGGACAGACGGCAGGACGGAUACACGGGUGGGGGCUGUGCUAGGCGGCUCGGCGGCAGGCUGGUGGAAGAUGUCGUCAGGAGCCGGCGGGAGAGGCGGAAGGCGGCUCAGGGGGACAGCAAGCAGUGGGGGUGGAGGAGGGAGAGGAGGGGCAGGAGAAGCAGAGGAAGGCCCCGUGGGGAUCCCUUUCCCCGAACACAGCGCAGACAUCCUGGGCAGCCUGAACAAGCAGAGGCUCAGCGGCCUGCUGUGUGACGUGCUCCUGGUUACUCAGGACCGGGAGUUCCCAGCUCACCGCUCCGUCCUGGCAUCCUGCAGCUCAUACUUCCACAAGCUCUUCACUUCAGGUGCUGCUGCUGACCAACAGAACAUCUACAGCAUCGACUUUGUGGCUGCAGAGGCUCUAGGAGCGUUGCUGGACUUUGCCUACACAGCCACAUUGACAGUCAGUCACAGCAGUGUGGCUGACAUUCUUGCAGCUGCACGCCUCCUGGAAAUCUCACCUGUCCAGGACGUCUGUACACACCUGCUGGACACCAAAGUGCUCUCCCCGCCGGCGGGCAGUGAGCGAAGAGAUGAAGAUGAGGAUGAGGAGGGAAAGGGCAGAGGAGGCAAGGAGCAGGGGAACCGGAUGCGGGCCCGGGAGUACCUGGAGUACUUCCAGAGAGGGGCGCACUGGAGCAGCAGCUGCAGCACGCCAGAGCUCAGGGACCUGCCUACACACCUGCACUUUAACCACGGCAAUGGCCCCAGCAAUGGGGCUCCCGGCGGCCCUGGUGAGUACUACUCCACUUUGGCCCUCACCUUGGCCCAGGCCCCGACGCAGGAGCCAGAGGAAGAGGAUGAGGAUGAAGAGGAAGAGGAAGACGGGGAGGCAGUGCAGGGGAAUGGAGCAAGUCUGGGGUCAUCUUACUACCCUCCAUCCCAAAAUGGGCACUUCUACCUCCCCCCUGAGUCUAGGCUGGGGCAGGAGACAGAAGUGGAAGACAUGGGUAGGGAGGCGAUGGCAAGGGAGAGGGGUUCAGCCAGUGCCCUCUUGCAGCAGAUGAUGGACUCCAUCGAGAGGCAAAAGGAUCGUGCAACAACCGGUGAGGAACAGGGAGAUGGGGACGACCCAGACAUGGAAUUUUACUUGAAUUAUUUUAACAGCACACAGCAUGAGGAUACAGCUUCUGCUGCUGUGACACAGGGAGUGCCACCGCUCUGGUUAUCACGGGGCAGUACAGGCCAAGACAGAGUUGGAAGAGAAAGGGUUGUUGGAGAGAGAGGCAGCGGGGGUGGAGGAGGAGGAGCUGGAGGAGAGAGGAAGAUGCGCUCUAAGGCCUUCCAGAAGUGCCCCAUAUGCUCCAAGGUCAUUCAAGGAGCAGGCAAGCUACCCCGCCAUAUCCGAACGCACACGGGAGAGAAACCCUAUGAAUGCGCCAUCUGUAAAGUGCGCUUUACCAGGCAGGACAAGCUCAAAGUUCAUAUGCGGAAGCAUACAGGAGAGAAGCCUUACCUGUGUACGCAAUGUGGAGCCGCCUUUGCUCACAACUACGACCUGAAGAACCACAUGCGUGUACACACUGGCCUGCGCCCCUAUCAGUGCUCAAGCUGCUUUAAGACUUUCGUGCGCUCGGAUCACCUGCACCGCCACCUCAAGAAGGACGGCUGCAACGGCAUCCCUUCUCGUCGUGGCCGAAAGCCUCGGGUGCGGGAGCCAGGGCUCCUUGAGCCCCCCCUGGGCCUGCUGAGCCCCAGCUCCGACAUAGGCCCUGGGCCUCGUACCAUCAGGGGACGGCGGCGUUCUGAGGCAACCUCAGCGGCGGAGGUGGGGGGGGGUGCUGGAGCCCAAGCACACAGUCCUCAGCUGCAGGAGUUGGCAGGGGAGGCAAGGCCCUGAGACUGCAGGGCCGACAAGGACACUGCUGGACACCAUAGUCACUCUGCACUGCCUGUGAGACAGGCCAGUGAACAGAGAGGAGAGAAAACACGCAAAGGCAAACUUUAAAAAAAACAAAACAAAACAACUAACUAUUCCUCUAUAAACCAAAUCAGGGUGUCACAAAAAUCUAAUCUUUAUAUUUCUUUCUCCUUUUACCUUAGGAAACAGAAUAGACUUGCAAACACUUGAGUCGGUUUAUCUGUUAAAGAGCAAAGAACGCUUCAAAUCACGCACCCCUGACGUCCACUUUCUGGGCCAUUUCUUUCUUUAUAAUAUUAGGGGUUUUGUACAUUGGCAUAUGUGCUUAGGCAAAUGUAUGAUAGAUACAAAGAAACUCUGAGCAACUAUGCAGUUGAUUUAGAUUUUUAUUGGUUUUGUCCUCACAGCCUUCAAGCUCUAAGCAAGGUGUCUGUCAAGCACCUUCUGGCUGCUGUACGGGUGAAGCGAGGAUAAAUCCUCCCAGUGAAAACAACUCUUUUUCUAUUCUUUUGCAGGUCUGAAAUGUACAGUUACCAUAGAAACAACAUUGCCACAAUAUGGCAUAUGCAAGGAAAACUCACCACAGUUUUGAUGCAACACUUUUUUCUCUCUAAAUGUUCCAGAAAGAAUCAGACAAGGGUUUGAUUGAAGUGUUACUUACUCUAUAAAAUGCAUUUUAAGAAUCUAUGGUUUGUCUUACUGAAAAAAAUUCAUAUUGAGUCGAAUCCAUUUUAAUGGGGGCUCAUCAAUUGCAGGAAUAGGGAAAAUGAGGGGUGGAGGGUUUGUGUUUUUAAAGCACUACCAACAUCAAUGUAUCUGUUGGCUUGACUACAUUGCCUCUUAUCCCUCACAACUCUGCAAUUUCAGCAUUUCUGUUUCCCCUUUUGAUUUUGUCUUAAUUUUUUUGUCGUUGUUCCUUUUUGUUGACUGCUUCGGGUACUUGACACUUUAUAAUUGUAUACAUGUAUAUACAGCAGGUGGUGAUGUGACAUUGGUCCCCUCUUAAUGCUGAGGUGUACUUACCAAUCGGGUUUUUCCUCUUAGGCUUGAUGUCAUAUUUCUCACAGAGUGAAGCUUGUGGGUGAAUGAAAAAAAACUGUAUGAAUGUUUGAUGAAAAAAAAAAAACAUUGAGUCACCCAUUUGUCCUAAACUUAACACUUGACAUGUAUAGUUCCUGCCCAAAGGAUGAGGAGGUCGAUUGAAUGAAUGUGCUUAACUUUGUGCAGUUUUUCGGAAUCUGUCCUUGUGUGACAAGGCGCGGGUAGCAUUUAACCAACCACAGGUUAAAGGAAUGACAGGGAGCCCGACUGAGAGAGUGACAAAGAGUACGAAGAAAAGAUAGAUGAGCACCUUUUUUUCUAUGUUUGCACAGCUUUACUAAAGAUAUCCAACAGAGCGAGAGAAAGGUAUAUUUAAAGGAAGUGGGCUGGUGUUGGGGAGGGAGUGAGAGGAGGUUUAUGUAUCAUGCUUAUUCCAAUCUUUCUGCCCUAGGGACCACACAACCAUGAGGCAACCUGUAUGAUGAAGAGAGCAAUAAAUACCUGUCCAAGUUGGGAGGCCAAAUAGGAGCGCAGCUGCAGCUGGUUGACGGGGGGAGGGGAACAAGGGAAGGGGAGGGGGAUCUCACAAUGUCUGUUGCAUUCCAAAAAAUAAUCUCCCCCAGCUCAGCCACGUUUCCAGGCAGGAGGGGAUCAAAUCAGGCCUUUUCUCUCCCUCUCUCUCCCUCUGUAGUCCUCUAAUGCCCCUGAACCAGCCUGGAGGGGAUAUUAUUAUAUUAGAGUCUGGUGUUACUGUGGGUAGGACGCCUGGUGCUGGCAGUUUAGUGUGCGAGUGUGUUUACAUGUACGUGUGUUUGUGUGCAUGUGUGCGCGUGGCAGCCAGGGUCCCUCUGGCCACAUCAUCACUGUGUGAGUCAGCCACAGCCUGUUCAAACAUGCACCCUGAGCUGCCAGCCCCAAUACACUUUCUCUUUCUCUCACACACACACACACACACACACACACACACACACACACACACACACACACACACACACACACUCACUCAUUGAGUCCAGGUAUCCUCUAGAGAAGGGGAAAACACCAGAGUUCACAUAUCUGAUUGAAUAUUGUAAGUGAUUCCAUACAUCUGGGUUUGUUAGUCUUAAAAUAUACAAGUUGUGUUUUUUGUACUCCAAAUCCAAUGUUAUUUUCCAAGCUAGCACAUUGAGCCUUUGAAUCAAGAGGAGAACAUAACCCCCCCCCCCAUAACUUCUGCAGUAGUGCUGUUCAACUAUCAGUCCCUUUUGCACCUUAAUUGGAAAGAGGCAGGUUAUGAAUGCACUUUGUUACUGAGGAGGGCACUUUUGUCAACAAAACGGGUACUUUGAAACAAACCAGUUGCAAAUGAGAUCAGCCCUUUCUUCUGUCCAUGGUGAAGUUGAGCUCCUUCACUGGUUUUGUUCAGGUUUUGAUGACAAGCUGCCAAAAAAAAAAAAAAAAAUCAAACCAGAAAUAUGCGUCUUCAAAUUUCCAAAAGAGAAGCUAGGCAGGUUCAGAUACAAACAUGUUAGGCAUUGUGACAUUCAAAAAAAAAGCUAAAUUAAUCCAUGUAACUGAUUGCACUUGAAAAAUUCAAAGAAAUCAAGUGAGUUGUCUUUAUGCCUUAAUGUUAAGAAAGGGGAUAGAAAGAGGAGGCAGAUGAAGAAAGGGAACUGUGUGUGUGUGUGUGUGUGUGUGUGUGUGUGUGUGUGUGUGUGUGUGUGUGUGUGUGUGUGUGUGUGUGUGUGUGUGUGUGUGCGUUUGUGUAUGUGCGUGUUUGUGUGUGUGUGUGUUUGUGCGCACGCGCGCAUUUUUUGCGUGCAUGUGCACAAGCAUGCGUUGCUGGCUGGCAGGCUAGGGUCUCAGGACAAGCUUGGAUAAACAAACUUUGUGUCUACCCCAUCUGUUCACCAGCUACUCUCAUAACUACACAUGUUCUCUGAGGAACCACAGUGAUAAUAGGUCCAUGGUACCAUAGAAGCAAAAAUACCAUAUUGUACAACAACUCAUUGGACAGUUGCUUGUUUACUUCACAGCUCUCUUGGUGCAGAUUUGCAUAACUUUUUGUUUACUCUUGUUGGUCAUUGUUAGCGGUUGGUUGGGUCUUGAGAGUUUCAGUUUCUAUUUUUGCUUCUCCGUUAUGAUAAAGAUGGGGUUUAUUAUCGCACAGUUUGACUCCCACAGGCAGACCAAUGUAAGCUGGGUAUGUCUUACCUGGUUGGUGAUCUUUAUUUAUAGUGGUACUUGGUGUGGGCUUCUUACACCCAUUUAGUCUUGAUGUGGCAGAAGUUCACCUGUUGAGACCUGUGAGCCAUCUUAAACAUAUGUUUCGCUGGACCUUAAUAUUUCCCCAAAUGUCUUAUGUUGUUUGUUGAUUAACCAAAGCUUUUUGCCCUCAAUCUUAGCCUACUGUAGACUAGAGAUAUUGAAAGUAUGUCUAUAAUUUAUCCAGAAUGGGGCUCCCUGACUAAGCCACACACAGAUUCCCUCCUCUUGAAUACAUAUGCAGAAAUGUGUGUGAAAUCAUACAGAUACUUACUUGAGUUUGCUUUCUCUCGCUCUUUGUAUCCUUGUGGAAAAUAGAAUCAGAGGUUUGAGGAUGUAUAGUUUUUUCUGUCUGUCUUCACUCAUUUUUCUUAAAAUAACGUGUUGUGCUACAGCUAUUUUUUUUUCUAAAAA